AUGCCUCAUCUGCUCACAACGUUCAACUCGCGCGCAGGGCGAGUUGCGGUUCUUGCGGUAUUUCUUAUCCUGACCUUGACUUGGAUCUUGCCUAGCCAUGAUCCCAAGGUGUCAGUGACGUUUUAUGCGGCGUACGGCUAUAAUAAUAGCCACCCCAUCGAUUCCCUGAUCAAUACCGCAGAGACCGACUUACGUGACCUCCUAAGCUCACAAGCUCACGACCUCCAAAGUGCUGCAGAUCAAUACCGAGCGCGCCGAGGGAGACACCCUCCCCCGGGGUUCGGAGAAUGGUACACAUUCGCAAAAUCAAAAGACUCCCUGAUCAUCGAGGAAUUCUUCGACCAGAUCUAUCACGACCUGACUCCAUAUUGGGCGCUUGAACCGAAGGAAUUACGACGACAAGCCAGGAGCUUUCCAACUCGCAUCGCUGUUCGCAACAAUACCGCAAUAAUGAAAACGGACGAGCCUAGGGAUUGGAUGGACUCGUGGUAUGAUCUGGUCUCGAAAUUGGAGGAUGGGCUUCCAGAUCUAGACAUGCCCAUGAAUGUCAUGGACGAGACUCGGCUUGUUGUUCCCUGGGAAACAAUCAACGAGUAUAUGCAAAAGGAACAGGCAGACCGCGUGAUAUUGAGUCCAAGCCGUGUUGUUUCUGAAUAUAUGUCUCUGACAAAAUGGGAUCGCGAAGACCUGGAGCCUUAUGAUCCCGGGUUCAGUGUUCCUGACAAGGGAGGCUACUGGGAGAUGGCUCGGAUCGGAUGUCCAGUUGGAAGCCCCUCACGCGACAGCAACCUGCCCAGCGUGGACUUCAGUUCUCCUCCGUGGGAAUACGACAACUUUGAAAGGAUGUCGUACCACGGGUAUGUAUCAAACUUCACGCUGGCUAAGGACCCGUGUGCGCGGCCAGAAAUGCAAGUCUUGCACGGAACAUUCCUCGAGCCAGUCUCUGUUUCAACCACGCACAACCUAAUCCCAUUGUUCGGUGGUUCCAAGCUUCCCAUGAACAAUGAGAUUCUUCUCCCCCCGGCGAUGUACUGGGCACAGAAUGACCAUUACUCCGGCGGAGAGAAAGAGCACGGCGGUCCCUGGGAUUCCAAAAUAAACAAGGCCACAUGGCGAGGAGCUGCCACUGGAGGGCGGGCCCGAGAGCCCAAUUGGACAGGCUUCCAGAGACACCGAUUCAUGUCCAUGAUGAAUGCAACAUCGGUGUCUGAGGCCGAGAGGAAUCAUAGCCACGGUGUCAAUUUCAGACUUCCCAACUAUUCGAACUACAGGUUAAAAGGCGACGGUCUUGUCCCACAGCUCCUCUUGGAUCAUACUGAUACUGGCUUCAAUCACUUGGUUUGUAAUCCUUACAAUGAAUCAGACCCACACUGUCCCUAUCUCGAUCCAUACUUCGAAGUCGCACCCGGUAUGGCGAUGAAGGAGAUGUACAACUUCAAGUACCUACCCGACCUCGACGGUAAUUCUUUCAGCGGCCGAUAUCGUGGGUUCAUGCUUUCCACCUCCCUCCCCAUCAAGGCUACUAUCUACAAGGAGUGGCAUGAUUCACGACUGGUUCCUUGGGUACACUUUGUCCCUAUGGAUACCACCUACAUUGACAUAUAUGGAAUCAUGGCUUAUUUCCUGGGCGGUCAUGACAGUGCAGCCAAGAAGAUUGCACUCGCUGGGAAAGCUUGGGGCGAGAAGGUGCUCCGACGGGAAGAUAUGGAGGUCUACACGUACCGGUUGCUCUUGGAAUAUGCUCGUAUCUGCGACGACAGGAGGGAAAUCCUCGGUUAUGUUGAUGAUCUCAAGGGGACCGAAUCAGAGCAAUCAUGA